AUGGAUCGAAGGUUCCACCGGCCCCCUCCUUGGUCUUCCGUUUGUGCUAAGAUUGUGCAGCUCCUGGGACAGAAUGAGGUGGACUGUCGCCAGAAGCAGGUGGUUAUCCUGAGCCAGGAUAGCUUCUACCGUGUCCUCACUUCGGAGCAGAAGGCCAAAGCCUUGAAGGGCCAGUUCAAUUUUGAUCACCCGGAUGCCUUUGACAAUGAACUCAUCUUCAAAACACUCAAAGAAAUCACUGAAGGGAAAACAGUACAGAUUCCCGUGUAUGAUUUUGUCUCUCAUUCCCGGAAGGAGGAGACGGUCACUGUCUAUCCCGCAGACGUGGUGCUCUUUGAAGGGAUCCUGGCCUUCUACUCCCAGGAAGUACGAGACCUGUUCCAGAUGAAGCUUUUCGUGGACACAGAUGCCGACACGCGGCUCUCCCGCAGAGUGGCCAUCAACCUCAUCGUGCAGCACAUUCAGGACAUCCUGAACGGAGGGCUCUCCAAACGACAGACCAAUGGCUAUCUCAACGGCUACAUCCCGUCACGCAAGCGGCAGUCCUCGGAGUCCAGCAGCCGGCCGCAUUGA